GGCAGCAACCCGUUGAAGCUCAGUAGCUGCUGGCAACGCAUUGGAUGCAGUUAGGGCAAUGGCAAUGGAUGACUAUGACGAUGACAGGAGCAGCGUGGGCAUAACCACUGCACAUAUUGAGAAUCAACAGCAUCAGCAGCAUCAUGGGCAUGGCCACCAGCAGGGGCAGUUCAGUAGUGGCGCUGUCAAGGUGGGCGGCUGGCGUUACGAAGAUGCGAGUCGCUACAUUGGUGAGUGGAACCAACUUGGUCAGAAGCAUGGUAUAGGCCAUCUGCAAUUAGCUGAUGGCACUCGUUACGACGGCCAAUUUCAAGAGGGUCUAAGCCAGGGCCUGGGCUGUCUCUGGUUUCCUGAUGGCGCCAAAUACGAGGGUGAAUUCCAUCAGGGCUGGUUUCAUGGAAACGGCAUCUUUUGGCGCUCUGAUGGCAUGAAAUACGAGGGUGAGUUUCGUGGUGGCAAAAUCUGGGGAAUGGGACUGUUAACCUUUCAGGACUUUACUCAUGGAUUUCCGCGCAACGAAGGCUUCUUUCAGGACUGCCGCUUCAUGCGCAAACGUCGCUGCCCGGAGGUAGUGCAACGAGCCCAAAAAUGUGCACUCUUGGCACGUUCUCAAAGCGAUCAUCCUUACUAAAUAGCAGUUUUUCAAUAAAUAAAUAACCUAAAUGUUUGUUACAAGCUU